UACCACCAGACUUCGAAGGUGUUAAUAUUAUUAUCAAUAUUUAUCAUCACAUGAGAUUACGAUCAAAUAUAGUGUUAUUAUAAAACUUGAAACGAUGACAUGAUAAUGGGUAGCAGGUGAUUGUCAUUUUCUCCAGGAUACCGCAUGCAGAAAUAUACAUUAAAGUUCGGAAUAUAUCGUGUAUGUUGGCAGAAGUAGUUGGACCGGGAGGAAUCGAUACGUAUUGGAUCUGUUUGAUUUUGAAGGAAUAUCGUAUUACUGAAUAAAUUUAUUGGAGAUACAAAGAAUGACGUCAAGCACGAACUGCUUGAAAUUAGGAAUAAUCAUAGUUACAGGAGUUGUCAUAUUAUUACUGUUGUUAUGGUCAAACAACGACAGUCGGCGUUUGGAACGGACCAGAUUACUUGUAAUUGACAGCAGAUCGUAUAAACACAUCCCUGAAAUCCAACUCGACAUGCUCAAAAAUUCAAAUGAAUCCAAACCCAUUGUUGAAUCACUGAAACGAAAAUAUGGCGAGCCGCACAUUUCCGGGAUACAAACAGUAAAUAGCGAGUUGACACCGGAAGAAAAAGAAAGAUUUCGAAUAUGCGUUGAGAACGGACCACGUGACCGUGAUCAAAAUGGCUCAAAAUUUUGGCCAAAUGAACAAAUAAGACGUACACAUCACACUUACCUUUCCAGAGAUGAUGCUGUAAUGAUGGAAGUAGGAGGUAACAAAGGAGACGAUGCCUCGGAGUUUGUGAGACUUUACAACCCUAGAUAUAUCAUACUGGAACCAUUGGAGGAAUAUGCAAAGAUACUGGCAGAGAAAUUUAAAAACAAUACAAGAGUAACUGUGGUGAAUCUUGGGCUUGGUGCGAAAAAUGAAAUCACGAUGGUGAAAAUAGAAGGAAACAACGCAUGCGCGACAAGCAAAUUUUCAUCUGUGCAAGGAGAAACACCGUUGUACGUCACAAAUUCGACUGAAUUCCUCCUCAAAAUCGGACUAGGUCUUUUUGACAUAGAUCUCUUAACAAUGAAUUGUGAAGGAUGUGAAUUCGAGGCACUUGAGACAAUAUUAUCGACAACUUUAGUGGAACAUUUAAGAAAUAUUCAGUUUGCAACUCACAGUACUAUUCCAGGGCUAAAAGAUCCCAUACAACGUUACUGUAGGAUUCAACAACUUCUGUUACGCACGCACAGACCAACGUACCAGUAUAAAUACAUCUGGGAAAACUGGAGGCGCCGUGAUCUUUCGUAGAGAUGCUGAAUUAUACGGGCUGGAACCUUACCUACAUUUGAAAGUUAUGGACUUAAACUGCACAAGGAUACAUAUAACAAGAUAAUGGUGUAUUUUUUCUACCAGUAUGAAAUGUAUUACAAGAGAUUAUCAGGAUAAAAUUUAAUGUACAAAAAUGUAUUUCUCUGUAGGUUUGAUUUGAACUUUUGAUAAAUCUGCUAAAACUACGCCGUCAAAGAAAAUAUACCACGUGUGAUUUGAAUGAUUUAGAUGACGAAUUUCACUUUGUUUUAAAAUGUCCAUAUUAAAGUAAUCUUAGACAGCAGUUUAUUCCAAGAUAUUAUGUAAGACAUCCGAGCGUUUUAUAUCUCUUAUAAACUCGGAUAGGAAAUCAGUAUGAAUAAAACUAGCUAAAUUUUGUAUCCAAGCAUUUGAGGUUAGAAGCCAGGUAAACAUAAAUUAAAGUUCGUUGUAUAAUGUCAAGGUACCGACUGUAGUUUAAAGUUGAUGUACAUUUGCCACGAUUUAUUGUGCGAUGUAAAUGAACGUUCUCGCACGUUUUGAAAAGUUUUGAUCGUAUUGACAUGUAUUACCAUUUCUUUGUGUUUGCAUGUUUGUAAAAUUGUAUUAUUUAUAAUGAUGAGCUAAUAAACUGUAUGUUCUGUUC